AUGAGGAACAUCCAAGCCGCCAUUCUGGCUAUCGUGCUCAGCUGGUCCUUCGGCCAUGCCGAUGCUUUCUGGCGUAUGGUUUGCGGAACCAUCCAGGUAGGCAGAGUCGACCCCAUCGUCAAUCCCGGUGGGAUUUCCGGUCACUGUCAUACCAUUGCAGGGCCAAACAAUAUCAACACGACAUCGACGUUUGACAGCCUCCAAGCUUCUUAUUGUACUUCCUGCAGCAUCCAAAAAGACAAGAGCGCUUACUGGACCCCGAAUCUGUACUAUAGACAUCGCAAUGGAUCCUUUGAGGAAGUGCCACAUGAUGGAACAGUCGUGUACUAUUUGGAUCGUGGUGUGGACGUAGCCAACAUGGUUCCUUUCCCCCCUGGCUUCCGUAUGCUUUCUGGCGACGCCGCCGCUCGGUCAUUCGACCCGAACACCAUGACCUACGGCAACAAGACUUACGGCGGUACUCCCGUUUCCAACCGUGCCAGUUUCGCUUGUUUGGACAGCAGUGGACCCCAGCCAGAAACUCCAGGCUUCAAGUCCACCAAGUGCGAUUCAGGCCUUCGUGCCCAGAUACACUUCCAAAGCUGCUGGGAUGGUGUCAAUCUGUACAAGACUGACCAAAGCCACGUGGCGUACCUAUCUGGAAUGGACAAUGGCAUCUGUCCGCCCACUCACCCCAAGCUUCUUCCUCACUUGUUCUUCGAAAUCAUCUAUUCCGUCAACAGCGUUGAUCAAUCUGACGGUGGCAUGUUUGUCUUUUCCCAGGGUGACACAACAGGCUAUGGCUUCCACGGCGAUUUCUUGAACGGCUGGGACGUCGACGUCCUGGAUGCAGCGAUUGACCAGUGCAUGGGUCCCAAUGCCUCCAACAAUGGUCAGAUCGGUCUGUGCCCACCUCUUCAAGCCUCGGUUGACCCUUAUUUCAACCAGAACUGCCCGGAACAGGCUCCUCUCGUCAACGAGACGGUCCACGGUCUGCUUAAGGUGCUUCCAGGUUGCAAUCCUCCAACAGGCGGGCCAUUACGCGCCACCCAAAACAUCUGUCCUGUCCAACCGACGCUCAAUUACAUCCCCAAUCAAGAUUGGAAGAACCGGUCCGUCGCCGUUCCCGGUCAAAAGGUGGGCAGCUGGCAGUAUAUGGGCUGUGCGCUCGACUCGAGCACCCCUCGCCCGCUGGCCGGUUUGAGCUACACCAGUCAAACCAACAUGUCUAUCGAGAGCUGUACAGCUUUCUGCCAGCAAAACGGCUACUUUAUGGCUGGAAUGGAGUACUCGACUCAGUGCUACUGCGCUAGCUCGCUGACGCAGCCCCUGCAGUCCCCACUCAACUGUUCACAGCAAAAUUACAUGAUUUGCAGCGGCAAUCAAUUCGAGUAUUGCGGUGGACAGAGCCUCAUGCAGAUAUGGAAUGACACCACUUACUCGGGGCCGCCAAUCAAGGGUACACCUAUAGCCGGUUCGACGGUGAUGACUGUCCCGGGCGGUGGAAAUGCGACCUACCAAGGCUGUUACGUAGAAGGUGUGGGAGGCCGAGCCUUGUCGGGUACAUCCUUCUCCAACAGUACAGGUAUGACCCUGGAGCUCUGUGCUGCGUUCUGCUCGAAAACCAACUCUGCGUUCUUCGGCACCGAGUAUAGUCAAGAAUGCUAUUGCGGUAGCAGCAUCAGCACCGCUACAGCUCCCCAGUCGGACUGUUCUGCCUUCUGCUCCGGUGACAAGACCGAGUUCUGCGGCGGCGGCUCUCGCCUUUCUGUCUGGGCGUUAGGAAACUACCGGCCGCCUACUGGAAGCCAGACCGGCACCGGUGGGAAUACUGCACCAUCCUCGACCGCCAGCGCUGUCCCCGCCGCCACAGGAAUCAGCUCAAUGGGUUGCUAUAGCGAGACUACCCCAACACGAGCCCUGACCGCACUUUUCACCUCCGGCAGCUCGAUGACCAUCGACCUCUGCGCGCAGAAUGCUCAACAGAUGAAUCUGCAGUACUUUGGUGUGGAAUAUGCCUCGCAAUGUCUUGCAGGCAGCAUCCUGAACCCAUCUUCCACCGCGUUAGCAUCUUCAAGAUGCAGCAUGAAAUGCGCGGGCAACACCACUCAAAUAUGCGGAGGUUCCAAUGCCAUCUCUCUGUACAAGAAUACAUUGUACAUCAAGCCGUUCAACCCGAACCCGGCCAACGUGCCGAACCAGCCCGGUUCUCAGUACGGGUACGUAGGAUGCUACAAUGAAGGCAACGGCGCCCGAGCGCUGGGCAGCACCGACAAAUUCGGCUCUGCGGCCACCACCUCGGCGGCGCUGACGGUUGAGGCCUGCGCCGCGUUCUGCUUCUCAAAAGGGUACAACUGGAUGGGCGUGGAGAACGGGGACCAGUGCUUCUGCAAUGCCGCGGGCGUUAUCAACGGCGCCACCGUCUCCUCCGGCGGCGACGCCGACUGUAACGUCACGUGCGCUGGCAACGCGACCGAGAACUGUGGCGCCAGCGCAAAGUUGAACGUAUACCAAUUGACCAGUGGGAGCGGGAGUGCGCGGUUCGCCACGACGGGCAAGACGAGUAAGAGGGCCAUGAGGUUUCGAACAUGGUGA